UGCAAAAGUGUGGUUAUGUUUUUGUUGUUGCUUGCUAUUGCAUGGAAAUUUAAAAUAAUUUUAUAAGAAUUGCCUUUAAGUUUUUAAAUAUUACUUUAUUACUAAAAACAUUAGGAUGCCUGAAUGCAAAAUUCAUAAUGUUGGAUUUUAUUCACCGGAGCCAAGCGCCAUAUAUUCCAUUGCAUUGAAUAGACGUGAAAACAAGUUGGCAAUAGCCAGAUCAAACGCAAGCCUAGAAAUAUGGAACCUAACUCAUAUUCCAUUCAUUGAGAAAACCUUUCCCUGUGAUUUGGAAAAUUUUACUAUUGAAGGCCUAUGUUGGUCUCAGAAUAGACUGUUUAGUGUCGGAUUACAUGGUUUUUUAGUAGAAUAUGAUUUGUACAGCAUAGGAUUUAAAAAUAAAUGGGCUGUCACUGGAGAAGCUGCUACAUGUAUUGAUGCUGUUGGUGAUCAUAUAGCCAUAGGAACGGAAAGAGGUUAUGUUAACAUCUAUGAAGUAACAGAAGAAGGAGCUGAAUUUAAAAAGUUCCUGGAUAAACAAGAAGGAAGAAUCUUGUGCCUCAAAUAUAAUAAAACUGGAGAAUUUGUAGUGGCAGGUAGCAUUAAUGCCAUAAGAAUUUGGAAUGUCAAAUCUGGACAUGCUAUACAUAAAAUGGUAUUGGGCAGAUCAGAGGCCAAGAAAGAUACUAUUGUGUGGUGCCUGGAAGUUUUAAAUGAUUUUACAAUAUUCAGUGGUGAUUCCCGAGGUGUUGUCACAUUAUGGGAUGGCAAAUUAGGGGCUCAGAUAGAAAGUUACCAGUCUCACAAGGCUGACAUAACUGCCAUUUGCCUCGACGAAAACGAAGAAUCAAUGUAUUCAGCUGGAGUUGAUCCUUUGAUUUCUAAUUAUCAAAAAGUAAAAGUUGGGUCCAAUGUGAAGUGGGUCAAAUCAAUUCAGAGAAAAAUUCAUGAGCAUGAUGUUCGAGCCAUGGUGUUUAAUAAGGGAAGACUAUAUUCGGCCGGUAUUGAUAGUUAUUUGGUUUGUAGCUAUCAUCCUCCAAAGACAUUAGUGAAAUAUGCCCCUGUGCUACAGAGUCCUUGUGUUUAUGUUGCCCCAUCAGACAAAUCCGGAGAAAAUAGAUUUAUUUUAUUAAGGCAUUCUAAACAUGUAGAGCUGUGGAGUCUAUCUCAAUGUGAAAAGGUGAAUCCAAAUUACAGGGGAAUUGUCAAGCCCCUAACGAAACCCAAAAAACUUGUUGUUAUUCAAAAACUUGGUAAAAAUUGGAACGAGGAAGAUGAGCCGGAAGGAGUGUCUUGUGCGUGCAUAUCAGCUAAUGGAAACUAUAUAUUCGUGGGCACAAUUUCUGGGUUUAGGCUUUACGCAUUUACUUAUAAAAAGGAAAAACCAAACCUGUCAAAAAUUGAUGAUUUAGAUGACAGUAACAUCCCCUGUGUUCAGGCAGUUUUCAAUAAUAAAACCAACCAGUUGAUUGUUGCCCUAAAUAGUGGAACCAUUGUUGUAUACGAUAUGGACAAUUCUGAUCCUUUUAUCAGUCAAAGAAUUGAAAGAAAUCGAGCCCAUUUCUCAGAUACAAUAACCCACUUAGUAGUUUCAAACUGUGGAAAAUAUUUAGUUGCCGCAGAUGUAAGAAGUAAUAUUGUUGUUUAUACGUUUGAUGCCGACGAUGGAUAUUCCUUCUUGCUAAAAUUGCCGAGGUGUGAUAUUGGAGUUACAGCGCUUAAUUUUAGUUUGGAUAGUAGUUGUGUACUGGUGGCGUAUGCGGAUAAUAAGAUUCAAGAAUACAAUAUUAAAAUGCAACGAUUCACCACUUUAUGUGAUCAGCUGGAAUCUUCCCCCUCUUGGAAACUGAGGUCUCAUCCCAUUAGAAAUAUUGCUUUUGAUUCAAGAGAUAAAAAUCUGAUUUUGGUUCACGACGACAGCAAUAUCGUGGUAAUUCGAAAAAAUCAUAUAAUCGUCGAUAAUCCACCUUCCGGGAAAGUUGCCAGAAAGAAUAAUAAGCCUUUGAUAAAUGGAGAUUGCGGAAACGGGGAUUCACUUAAUAUUACCACAAUCCAAAAAUACAAGCAUUUGGUGCAUUUAUCAACGUUAUCGGAAAACGAAUUAGUAGCAGUAGAAGUUAAUCCAUUGUCGAUUUUAGAGAAGCUGCCUCCUGCCUUUGCGCAAAAAUCGUUUGGUGCUAAAUAAAUAUUACGAUUUAAAA